UGGACGGUAAGGCGCAAUUUAGACGACAUACGCUACGAGUAAGUGUCUGUUCUCCUUAUUAGCCCUCUGGAUUGCGGAUCUGUUAACUUUUGUAGGACGAACUGUUAUUUGUCAAACAAACUGUUAGCUCAGUACUUGCUGUUCGUAUGCGCUUCACAAUCCUGGAUUUUCCGGAUGGACACUUGUCUAACUCAGAUAUGCAUUGGCUAAAAAUGUACUACACAACGCGUAUACUUCUAGUCAUUCAGUGAAUAAACAUCUGUAUUUGUUUUGAAAAGAAUUAUUCAUGACAUUUCAAAACUAAUAAUUAGGUGGAUAUUUUAUAUGGCUGACAUUUGUAGUGACGUAUAAUAUUCCUGUACGUUUUCUAAAUAGUGUUAGCAAGAGUCUGCACAUAGAAGAAGUUUUUAAUGUCUUUAUUGCUCAUUUAGAAUAAUAAGAUGUAAUCGAAAGUUUUACACAGCUUUUAUCGUUAUUAUAUGUAAACCUAAGCAGUCCAAUGUUUAUCGUUAGUUAUUCAGUUUUCCGUGUUUAACGUAAAGUCUAUAGAGAUUUCUAUCGUUUAAGUCGCAUUUCCUUCAAGUUUCUUAUGAGAGCUUCACCAACGCUGGAAUAUUUGUUACACCAAGUUUAAUAACCCCCUCAGAACAAUCGUCGGUAGUUUAUGUCGAAGUUUACUGAAUCCAUUCUUGCAUUUACAGUCAUAUAACUUAAAAAUGAUUAGUAACUGCUUCUCCAACAUGUUAGAGCCUGGUUAAGAUUACAACAAUUGUCAUUGGUGUGUGGCGUUAACUAAUAUGUUUCAAUUUUUCUAACCGCGACUAGGAAAAUAGUAGCCAAAAUAUGACAGUAGGAUCACUCCGGAUCUUGUGUUGCUGUAUCAGAUUGCUUCGGAAUAAUCGUUAGCGUUAUCACAACCUAUAUAAAGUUCUGUACAAUAUGACUCAUGGAAAUCAGCAGCAUUGAUUCUCAGAAGUUCCGAAUAGGAGAUCUCCAAAAGAAGUUUACUCCCUUUUUACCCGAAGAACACAGAAUAUUGAAGGAAAGUGAGGCUAACGGUCUUGUUACCUCUGAGUUUAAAAAGAUUGUAACUGAUUCUUCAAUAUUCGAACAGCUUGAGAACGAUUGCAGUAUUGAGAAUUUAUGCUUCGACGGUGAGUAUACAACUCUAGAAGAAGUAUUAAAAAUCGUACCGUCGAGGAAAGAUGAAAGGCAGCUGAAAACUCUAACUCACUUAUUAAAAGAAACCGAAGGUCUGAAUCAUAGAAAAUCCAUCCUCUCAGCGACGCAAAGAAAUCCUCGACCAUUUGUUGAUAUGUCUUAUCGAAAUUCCGUCGAUGAAUCUCCAGAGGCUACGGAAGUCACCCAGGAUACAUUCGUGACUAUUCUUGUCUACCGACCGUUUUGCCUUCCUAAUAUUGAUCCAUGUACACAGUCUCGACAACUGGUCAUUACUCAGAGGCUGGUACUGCUAUCCAAACAAAAUCUUACAGUCCUAAGGGAAGCUAUAAAGUGUUCACAAGAUAAAGUUUGGUUAGGAGAUUGUAGUGAGGCCCUUGACAAUCCUGAGCUUCAUGUUUCGGCGGAUAAAAUCUACCCGUCGUCAUACUUUUUUAUUGAAGGGACUUUUUAUGAUGAUCUACGAAAUGCAAACAGUAAAAGCCUUGGGCAAGAGGUUAUACAAUGGGCCAAAAGCAAGAAAGAACUUAAAACGCAUGUGCCUUUUACGUCAUCAUCGAUGGAAUCGGCGACUCUUGAAAACCUUGUUAUUUGUAUUGGAAAGCCAUAUUUCUUCGUACAUCAAGGAAAUUGUGAACAUAUGAUUAUCUUUUCUGAUAUUCGUCUUGUAGAUCGAGAUUCAUGUCAGACUCCGUCCUCAUUUCCAAUGCUCACUGGUCGAUGUAGUGUACGAGUAUUGCAUUGUUUUGUUUGCAGACGUCUUGCAUCCCGUUGGAUAGUUACAGAGUGUGGAACUAUUUUGCCUAUUGAUCCAUGUCCAAUAUGUGAUGUAUGCCUUCGAUUAUUGCUUUACACUGCUGAUGGAAAGAAGAUUAAUCCAUGUUUUCGAGUUUUGAUGUAUUGUGGGGAAGAAAUCGUUAUGUAAACCUCAUGUAAAUAAUUUCAAAUAAAUAUUUUUUUAAAAACACUUCAAUUUUCACGGACUAAACUCUGAAAUCCCUCUAGUAAGCAGUUCGCUGUUUUUUGUAGAAUUUCGAUAAUCUAGCUAAAAAUGCGUCGUAACUAACUUUGACUGAUUGUUGACGUUUUAAACUAAUUUCUGUAUCUUGUAGACGGUAAAUCCAAUGGGUUUAC